AUGGCGUCGCCGGAGGAGACUGGCGGCGGGAGCGGGACCUGGAGUUGCAGCAACAACAUCGAUUUGGAAGAAGCCCAGAAGAUCAUUCUGCGGUGGGACUCGUCAGCGUCGGAAGAAGCUCGUGAAAAGAUGAUCUUCACCGGCGACCGUCAUGAGGUGGAUCGCUACCUGCUGGCGGUCGACGAAAUCCAGCGCUCCAUGUCCUCCGCUUCCAUUUCCGCCGACCCAACCGCCGACGGCGGCGGAAACGGAGAGGACAGUAAGGACCAGGUUCAAGAUGAAGUCAACUCCGCCAUCCAGAUCGCCAUGGCUCGACUCGAGGACGAGUUCCGCAACAUCCUCAUUAGCCACACCGCCCCAAUCGAAGAAGAAGCCCUCACCGAUAACCCCGCCGCCGCCGCCGCCGAAUCCUCCAACUCCGCUGGCGAAUCGGCGGAAGAAGAUCGCCUCUCCGGAAGCGGAGGCAGCGGCCCGCAAGUCGUCGAAGAGACCGAUCUCAACCUCUCAGAUCCAAUCCCGCGCACCGACUCCUCCGUCAGCAACAGCUCCGGCAGCUACCGAUCGAUGAGCAGCAUCAAGGAGCUCGAUCUGAUCCCCGAGGAAGCGGUUUCCGACCUUCGCUGCAUCGCUGAGCGGAUGGUCUCCGCCGGAUACCUCCGCGAGUGCAUCCAGGUGUACGGCAGCGUCCGCAAAUCCGCCGUCGAUUCCAGCUUCCGUCGCCUGGGGAUCGAGAAACUCAGCAUCGGCGAUAUCCAGCGCCUCGAGUGGGAUUCUCUCGAGAGCAAGAUCAGGCGGUGGAUUCGCGCCGCCAAAGUCUGCGUCAGAAUCCUGUUCGCCAGUGAGAAGAAGCUCUGCGAGCAGAUAUUCGACGGAAUCGAGACAGCUGCCGUCGAUGAAGCUUGCUUCGUCGAAACGGUAAAAGGCCCCGCAGUCCAGCUCUUCAAUUUCGCCGAAGCAGUCAGCAUCAGCCGCCGCUCGCCGGAGAAAAUGUUCAAGAUCCUCGACCUUCACGAUGCUCUAGUCGACCUAAUGCCGGACAUCGAAUCCGUUUUCGACUCGAAGUCGGCCGAUUCGAUUCGAGUUCAAGCCGCCGAGAUCCUCUCCCGACUCGCCGAGGCAGCCAGAGGGAUACUCUCCGAGUUCGAGAACGCAGUCCUCCGAGAGCCUUCCAAAAUUCCGGUCCCCGGAGGAACAAUUCAUCCAUUAACGAGGUACGUGAUGAACUACAUUAGCUUGAUCUCCGAUUACAAGCAAACAUUGCUCGAGCUCAUCAUGUCGAAACCCUCCACGGGUUCGAGAUACUCCGGGGAUCCCACGACCCCGGACAUGGAAUUCGCCGAGCUAGAAUCAAAGCCACCACUUGCCCUGCACUUGAUAUGGAUCAUAGUGAUUCUCCAAUUCAACCUAGAUGGGAAGUCCAAGCUUUACAAAGAUGCAUCAUUAGCCCAUCUCUUCCUGAUGAACAAUGUGCACUACAUUGUUCAGAAGGUGAAAGGGUCGAUGGAGUUGAGAGAGAUGAUUGGAGAUUAUUACUUGAGGAAGCUAACUGGGAAGCUUAGGCAAUCAGCAACGAAUUACCAGAGGGCGACUUGGGUUGGGGUCUUGUACUGCUUGAGAGAUGAAGGCUUGCAUGUGAGUGGGAGCUUUUCGUCUGGUGUUUCGAAGAGUGCAUUGAGGGAGAGGUUCAAGAGCUUCAAUGGCAUGUUUGAGGAGGUUCAUAGGACUCAGGCAACAUGGUUGAUACCCGAUACUCAGCUGCGAGAGGAGCUGAGGAUUUCGAUAUCGGAGAAGCUGAUCCCUGCUUAUCGAUCAUUUUUGGGGAGAUUCAGGAGUCACAUUGAGAGCGGGAGACAUCCAGAGAACUAUAUCAAGUACUCGGUUGAGGAUUUGGAAAGUGCGGUGUUGGAUUUCUUUGAGGGCUGCCCUGCUUCGCAGCACUCGAGGAAGAGGGUUGAGAGGAUCGGUUUGCUGCUGCUGCUUUUGCUGCAAUGUGCUACCGAUGGAAAGAGGAUCGAACAUCUGAUGUUCGAUAGUGGAACGAUGGAGAAGAAGCGAGCUCGGUUCUCUCAACCUGAAUGCUUCUGCACUGUAGUCAAGAGGCCGAUUGAAAGCACCAAAACGUGUCUGGUUGAAGAAGAAGAAGAUGCCUUGGAGGAUAAUCAAGAAGAGAUGAAGAAGAAGAAUAAGAAGAUGCCUUGGUUUGGUUGAAUUGAAAGUUGGGAAGAGGGGGAUAAUCUCCCAAGUUGUGGUGGUCACAGCUAGCUAGAGCAGGAGGGGAAGCCAUUAAUUUGAUAAUCAUGCUGCUCCUCUCAUUCUGUUGCCUUGUGAGUUGUGAUCAUCACAUCGAAUUUCAGACAGAUUAUUAAAUUGGGGCCAACUCGGGCUUAGGCUGUCACAAAAUUGAUUGAUUGGUUUGUAUUAUUAAUCAUGGAUUGAGAUUCCCUUAUUAUGCUUCAGCUUGGAGGGACAUCUAAGAACUAAGAAGUUACACCAUGUGCCCUAAUUAUUUGUUAAUGUUGCC